UGGCUAUUUUGUGGUAUGGGAGGGAGGCUAGAGUUGGGGGUUUUUGUGGCUGUGUUUAGGGCUAGAGUGGUUGUUUUUAUGGUGUGUUUUGGGCACGAUAAAGAGGAGCCGGUAGUGUGUGUGAAUGGUGUGUGGAGGAUGGAAGAAGGGGAGUUUGGUGUGAGGGAGAAGGGCUGGCAAUGUGUGUAUAGGGUUGGUUGGUUGCGGGUGAGGGGCAAGAGAUGGAGUCUGCAGUGUCUAAAUGCUUAUGAAUAG